AUGAUCUUCGAACGCCAGGCCAUGGCCGGCAACCUGUCUUCCACCACACUCACCCGUGCCAACGAUGAUUUUACAUCGCCACCGCCGACUGCUCGCGACUCCUUGGGUAAAGAGCCUCACGUAUCGUCCUUGGCCCUCACGCGCCGUAACAGUGAUGAGGAUAUCGAACUCGCAGCCAUGGGCACCCCUGACAAACCGUCGACCGAGCCACCAUACCAUAUCUUCUCUCACCGUCAGAAAUGGCAGCUUGUUUACAUUGUCUCGAUAGCAGGGGCAUUCUCCCCCCUUUCCUCAAACAUAUAUUUCCCGGCGAUAGACACUAUAUCGUCAGAGCUUCGGGUCAGUGCCUCGCUGGUAGCUUUGACAAUCACCGUAUACCUUAUAGUUCAGGGUAUCAGCCCGUCGAUAUGGGGCCCAAUGUCAGAUACCUCCGGUCGUCGGAUCACUUUCCUCAUCACCCUCACCAUAUACGCUGCCGCUAAUCUCGCUCUGGCCUUUACGGUCGAUUUCCCUAUGCUACUUGUCCUUCGAGGUGUGCAAGCUCUGGGUUCUGCCGCCACUAUCAGUAUUAGCGUUGGCGUGAUUGGGGAUAUGGCUUGCCCUGAAGAGAGGGGUGGUUUCGUGGGAGCUAACGCUGGAAUUCGGAUGAUCGGGCAGGCCGUUGGCCCCGUUAUUGGCGGCUUGCUUAAUAGCAAAUGGGGAUUCAGAAGCAUUUUUUGGCUUCUUUUUGUCCAGAGCGUUAUCGUCCUACUACUAUUACUGGUGCUCUUGCCAGAGACACAGCGCCAGUUAGCAGGAAACGGUAGCAUCCCUCUCAGCGGACUCCAUAAGCCGUUGCUGUACUACCUGCGGCCACCUCCAUCAUGGGCCUCGGCCAGAACCGAAAGAACGCCAGUCUCCAAGACGCCGCGCAUGUCACUCAAAAGCAUGCUUGUCCCGUUAACGUAUGUCUUCCAGAAAGACAUCUUCGUCCUCCUUGCCUGGGGAUCUCUCGUCUACACAAUUUGGAGCAUGGCCACCUCGUCAACCACCACUGUUCUUCUCCACUCGUUCCCCAGCCUCACCCAGUGGCAGAUCGGUCUCUGCUUUCUUCCUAAUGGAGCCGGAUGUGUCCUUGGCUCUAUCUUUACCGGAUGGCUGCUCGACCGAACAUUCAAGCGAGCCCAGUCAGAAUACAAGAUACAGCAUGGUCUUCCGGAAACAAUGAACAUUAAAAACAUACCAGAAUUCCCCAUUGAGCGCUCUCGGCUUCGCUAUAUGCCCUAUUUUAGCGUAUCCUUCAUCAUAUGCGUUGCUUUAUACGGGCCUAGUUUCGAGCUGAACGACUUGAACAGGUAUUUCGCUGCUAACCUGGUAGCCUCGUUGGGACUGCAGCUCAUGAUUGCUUUUACGGCAACGGCCAUCUUCAACAUCAAUUCUACCAUGCUGGUUGAUUGCUUCCCCAACGGCUCAGCCAGCGCAACGGCCACCAACAACCUCGUUCGGUGUCUUGUGGGUGCUGCUGGAGUCAGCGUGAUUCAGCCCUUGAUAGAUGCGGUGCGAGUAAGGAAUGCCUUUCUGAUACUGACUGGCGUUGUCGUGCUGUUUUUGCCCCUGAUAUGGGUGCAGUGGAAGUAUUGUGGGAAGUGGAGGCUGGAGAGGACUCUAAGAGAGACUGAAAAGGCUAGAGCAGCGAAAAAAUAA